UCUCUACCCAAAAAAAGUUACAAAUUUUAGAUGCAUCCCCAUGAUGAAAAAUCCUGGCACACAGUUGAAAGUUAAAUGUUAUACACAUGACAAGGUAUGUAUUAAAAAGGGUAACGCAUGGCCUGAUGCCCUGAUCAAAACCAUGCAAAUCCGCAGUGCCUUGCCAUGUUUUAAUGCGUCAUCAUCAUGUACCUAUUUACUGUAGAAUUUUAACCAUAGACCCCAGAAGUGCUCCAUCCACAUGCUCUAUCAUUAAACUUAACUUGUCUUCACGUUCCAUAGAUUUCAGCACUCCUCAUAGAAUCCUUCCCAAAAAUGGCUACUUUGGAUGGGGCCUGGUUGCUGUACAAAGCAGCUGGGGGCUCAGGACAGCGAAAUCUUAAUGUUGUAUCACCUGAGGCGGAGGGCUAUUCUGGAGCCCACCUGAUUACCGGUUAUACAGGAAAGGGCUGCUAUUAUAUAAUGCCCAUCCAGGAUAGCUUGGACACAAGCCCUCUGCCCUUCUCAGCCAAAGAGUUUUCUAGGAUGCCUAAGGCAAAUUGCAUCAACUGCCACAUCCAUGUACCUGUACAGCUGCUGUCACUUCACAUUCAAGAUUGUCAGCAAACUGUCAAUGACACUGGCUCAGAUUGUGAAAUUACCAAUGAUCCAUCUGAGAUUUGCCCCAUCUGUGAGGUGCCAUACCCUGUUAAAGAUCUGCCUUUACAUGCAAGCUUUUGUGGUGAAAGAAUGGAAAUCAGUACAAGAUCCACAAAAGGCUUUGCGACUCUUCCUGGAGCAACUUAAGCAAGAGGGGGGAAGUCAACCAUCACUAAUUCUGUCCCUGGAUUCAACAGAUAAUGACGAACAAAGGGAUGGUUCUCUCAUCAAAUUUUACAAAGAAGACCGUGAAAAAAGGCAAUGGGCAGCUCCUUUCCGCUGCAGCAUUAAAGGGGAUGCUGCAAUUGGAGUGGGUGUGACAAGACAUGUGCUAUCCUUAGCCAUUGCCAGGUUAAAACAUGGUUUUAACCUAAAUUUUGGCAAUGCAGCAGAGACACUCUUGUUUGAAGGAGAACCUGAGCACCUGGUCCCUGCUGCAUCUCCAGUGCUACUGGAGAGCGAUCUUUUCCGCAUGGCGGGUAGGAUCCUUGGUCACACAGUGAUUAAUGGUGGUCCUACCCUGCCUGGGUUGAGUCAGGCUGUGGUCAGUGCCUUAACAAGUGGCCAAAAUGAAAUGACAAAAUCAAAGCUCUGCCUAGAAGACUGCUCUGAUAUAGAGCAAAGGAACACCAUUGGUCUUCUGCUAAAAGAAGAGUGGACUGAGGAAGAAUCCUCAAGAAUAACUCAUCUCUGCUUGGAUUGGUGCUGCACAGUGCCUACAAAAGACACAAACAAGCUGCUGAUAUUUCAGCAGCUCCUCUCCCAUGCUGUGCUUGGUAGAGUGACUGCCCAGAUUAAGCAGCUCAGAAAAGGGAUAAAAGACACAGGCAUUUGGCCACUAAUCGAACACAGACCUGAUGUAGUACCCUUGCUGUUCCCCACAGAAACAGAUGUUCAGUUAACUACACAGCUGGUUCUGCAAUCCAUCAUAUGGCCUGAUGCAAGAUCUGCUCACGAUGAUAGUGAAGACGAUGACAUGCCUGAAGAGACACUUACUCUUCUCUCUGCAUUUUUCAGAAGAUUUGUCGAACAGGCAUCCUCUCACAGUUUAAAGAUGCUUAUGAGGUUCUGGUUCGGCUGGGAGGUGCCACCUCGACACCUGAGGCUGGAAGUCGUUCAGUCCAGAGGACCCAAACACCUUCCAACUGCAGCAACGUGUUCGGAACGUCUGCGUUUGCCAAACCACUACAAAAGGUUUGAAGAGCUCAAGGCUGAUCUUAUGGUCUGUCUUCUAUCUGUGGAGACUGGGUUUGGCCUAGUCUAAACAGGCCUGCCCAGCAACAGUUUUUUGGAACUGCCCAGCAACAGUUUUUUUUUUUUUUUAAUAAAUAACUUCUUACAGUAUUUUAAUAUUUUCCCCAGUACACAAUAAACAAACUUUGAUAAA